CUGGUCAGUUCAUUACAAUUCUCACCAGUUAUGAGAGGUUUCUACUGAUCGUUGAUGGGUGGUUUCUCUUAUUUUUACAAAAAGUAAAAAAUGAGCCAAAUUCCUUAACCCGUUCUUGUGCUGCAGUUAUACAGUUAUCUACUUGGAAGAAGGUUGUAUGAUCGUAAGAUAAACACACCCGAAUCUAUGAAGAAGGUGCUUUUUGGGCGCCGAUUCUUAGUUGGCGCAGCAGUUUUAUCUGUUUUGAUAUGGUUCUCCAUUGAGGUCAUUUUUGACAGACAUGUAUCAACAAUGUCAGAAUUUAAGGAAGUACGGAAUAGCAGGACAUAUGACAAAACUCACAAGAUGGCGUUGUUGGUACCGUUUAGAAACUGUAUUAAUGAAUUAAAGGAGUUUGCACCCCACAUGAUGAAAUUCCUCAACAACCAAAGAAUCCCUUACACUAUCUAUGUGAUCAACCAAGUAGAUGACCUCAGAUUCAACCGAGCUUCACUGGUUAACAUAGGGUUUCUUGAAAGACAUCCGGACUGUGACUACAUUGCGAUACACGAUGUUGAUCUACUGCCACUUAAUCCAAAGCUGAACUACAGCUUCCCGUCUGAAGGACCGUUCCACGUAUCUUCCCCUGAACUCCAUCCCUUAUAUCACUACUCGGAAUUUACUGGAGGAAUACUGUUAAUGACUCGAGAACAGUAUGAGAAGGUAAACGGUAUGUCUAAUAAGUUUUGGGGAUGGGGCGCAGAAGAUGACGAUCUGGCAUUAAGGAUCUUGCAUCAUGGAUUUAAGACAAUACAUCCACUCGGUCUAAAGACGGGUUUUCAGAAUACAUUCCGCCACAUUCAUGAGAGCAAGAGACCCAGAGAUCAGGCAAGAUUUAUCGAUGAAUACAAGAUAAAAAGACGUAUGGAUGUGUCAUCCGGGUUGAAUAAUACACGAUAUACCGUAGAAAGUAGAAAUACAACACUGAUCAAUGGAACACAAGUCACCUUUAUCAACGUACACAUAACUUGUGACGUAAAAAUCACGCCUUGGUGUCUUAUGGAAAAGAGGAACACCCGUUAAAAAAUCCAUUCUGAUAGCCUAAUAACAAGUGGGAUUGGAGGUGUUGCAUGUUGUGUUGCCGGUUUAUUGAUGACAAAUAUUUAACGUUUAGGAGAACGCAUAUUCAGGACGCUUUGUAAGAUUUACCUGGAUACAAAACCAUAUUAAUAAAGGGGUGAUCCAAACUGUAUUGCGGAAUUUCCUGAUUAACGAAUAAGAUAAUAAAUACAUAUUUAUUCAUGUACAUA